CGUGACCCUGAACCAGGUGCAACAUGGGCUUCCUGCUGAUCCAACGUUUUCUACCACUUCUGCUCUUCAGCACACUGGGCCACGCUGCACAUUUUGGAAUAAUCGGAGGAAACGAGGCUGUUCCCCACAGUCGGCCCUACAUGGUCCUUUUGUACUCAUUCAACGCCAAUUUCAUACCCAAGACCUGUGAUGGCGUCCUGGUUAGAGAGGACUUUGUGCUGUCUGCAGCCCACUGCCAGAAUGACUUUAUGAGGGCAUUUGUGGGUCUUCACCGUGCAUCCCAAAAAGUCUGGGAUGACGGAAUGGAUGUGACAACAAUCCCACAUCCUGAGUAUGACAACAGCACCUUGGACAACGACAUUAUGCUGCUGAAGCUGAAGACCAACGUUAGGCUGAGUGAGAAAGUGAAGCCCAUUGCUCUGCCUAAGACAAAGAAUGAAACCAUCCCACACCAAUGUCUGGUUGUUGGUUGGGGUUGUCAGGACUUUGCCCAGAAACACAAAUCUGAUGUUCUGAGAGAGCUCAGGGUUAAUCUCUCUGACUCCAGAGAAUGCACAUCUCCUGAGUACAUCUGCACUGAAGGACUGGAGGGCCCCGGGAAGGGAGAUUCUGGUGGUCCACUGGUCUGUGGGGACGAGGCUCACGGGAUAGUGUCUUCUCUUGGUAUUAGCUCUACAGAGGACGGCUACAUCUUUAAAUAUGUCCGAAUUGAACGCUACCUGCCCUGGAUCCACAAGGUCAUGAGCUGCUAG